AAGGUACAAAAGAUGAAGAUUGUUGUGUAUGUUAUGGUGUUGGCGUGGGUUCUAGUGCGACAUCAUUUUAUCCAGAUCAGGAUAAUGAUGAAAUUGUGGAUGAGGAUUCGUUAGGGAUUCUAGAAAAUUAUUGUAGUGUUCCUCAUCAUGUAGCCCAUCGACCCUGUAUGUUCCGAUGGUACACUACAGGAUUGACGGGAAUAUCGCGGACUCUUCCAGGUCAAACUUUAAAUUCAAGGCUGACGCAAAUCAAAUUAUUAAGACCAAUGCCGACGUGUCCAAGUUGUCGUGGAAAGUUAAUAGUUGAGAUUCUCCAAAAAGAUCUACUAGAAAAGGAAGAA